AUGUCCGAUUUCAAUCCCUCUGCCGUGGCGCGUGGCAUCGGCAAAGUAGUUCGGGAACCUAAGACUUUUCCCGCAUCAGUAUAUGGCUUCACACAGGAUGUGGCAACCUACCUCCCUUACGUGGAGAUGCGAAGCUAUCGCGAUUUUGAUGACUCCCUUGAAGAUAUCAUACUGGAUGAGGAGAGUGUGUUGCUAUUCACCCGAGCGACAACUGAGGAGAAUGGGCGGAUGUUGGAUGUCGAGAUAAUUGAUAUGUAA